UCAAACGGGAGGAGGACGCGGCGCUCCCGCUGAGCAAACAUACAGUCAGACAGACGCGCAGCACUUUUAAAGCCAGUUAUUUAACGCUUAUUAUUAGAGUGUGAGGCGGAAUAAGCUGAUAUUGCUGGAGCCCUAAGCAGAGCAACUCCAGAAACAUCAAGCAGAACAAGUUCUCUAGAAUCUGAGCGCCAUGGCAUCGGUCCCCAGCAGCCAAGUCAAAUGCAAGUUCAAGCGGAGGAGGAGGAGAAGGUCAAAGCGAAAAGAGAAGAUGAAUAUGUUGUCUGCUCUGAUCGCCCCCUUCAAGUACAUGAGUCCAGUGACUAAUGGGACAGAGGACGAAGACACUUUGAGCACCAGCAGUGCUGAGGUGAAGGAGAACCGCAACACUGGAAACCUAGAGGAAUGCACUAUUGUACCAUCAGACUGCCAAACACUCUUCCUGACCGACUCAUCCAGAGAUGGGACGUCUGGCCUCAAGCGAAAACGUCCACUGGAGGAGGAAAAUAACGGACACUUGUGCAAACUGCGUCUGUACUGCAAGAAACUGGGUUGGUCCGACGCACCAAAGAACGCUCUGGUCCAGCUAAACGAGCUGAAACCGGGCCUGCAGUUCCGCAUGGUCUCUCAGACGGGGCCGGUACACGCACCCCUAUUCUCUAUUGCCGUUGAGGUCAACGGCCUUACCUUUGAGGGCACCGGGCCAACAAAAAAGAAAGCUAAGAUGAAGGCGGCUGAGAUGGCCCUCAAGUCGUUCAUUCAGUUUCCCAAUGCCCCGCAAGCUCACUCAGCCAUGGGCAGCUUGAGCAACCCCGCAGCCGAUUUUACCUCGGACCAGGCCGACUUCCCCGACACGCUGUUUAAAGGUUUCGAGCCGGAUGGUUGUCGAUCCGCGGAGAACGAGCUGCUUUCUAGCGCCUUUCGCUUGCGUCACACGCUUGACUUGAUGGUUGUACAAGCCAGGCAGGGAGACCCCUGUCUACCCCCACCUCUUCCGCCGGCACCACCGCCCCAACCCAGCCCCGUCGUCCUGCUGAACGACCUGCGGCCCGGCCUCCGAUACGCCUGCCUGACGGAAGGCGUGCAGGGCAAACGGGCGCACCGCAGCUUUGUUAUGGCCGUGCGAGUAGACGGAAGGAUAUUCGAGGGCUCGGGUCGCAGCAAGAAGCAGGCAAAGAGACAGGCGGCUUUGUGGGCCCUUCAGUCCCUCUUCAACAUCAGGCUGGCACCUGAGGCGAGAGCGGGACAGCGGCCCAGCAGGAUCAAAUGCCCUCAUUUGCCCCAGGAGUUUGCGGAUGCGAUAUUCCACUUGGUAGGAGAGAAAUACACUGAGCUGGCCGGCUGCUCCUCGCUGCUGCAUGCGCGUCACAAAGGCCUGGCGGGCAUCGUCAUGACCAGAGGUCUGGAUCUCAGACAGGCUCAAGUGGUGGCGUUAUCCACAGGCACUAAAUGCAUUAAUGGAGAGUAUAUGAGUGACCAGGGCUUAGUGGUCAAUGACUGCCAUGCAGAGAUCACGACUAGACGAGCCUUGCUGCGCUUUCUGUACUCACACCUGGAGUUACACCUCAGCAAAAGGAAAGAGGACUGGGAACAAUCGAUCUUUGUACGGCACAAAGACUCGUGUUUGAGACUGAGAGAGAACAUCCUCUUCCACAUGUACAUCAGCACAUCGCCCUGCGGUGACGCCCGAGUCAACUCGCCGUACGAAAUCACCACUGAUUUGCACAGCAACAGACACUUGGUGAAGAAGUUUCACAGUCACCUACGAACAAAGAUUGAAUCAGGGGAGGGUACGCUGCCUGUGAAGUGCACGGGUCCCGUACAGACGUGGGACGGAGUCCUUGAAGGACAACGGCUCAUCACCAUGUCUUGCACCGACAAGAUUUCCAGGUGGAAUGUGCUUGGAUUACAGGGGGCGCUGCUCAGUCACUUUGUGGAGCCGGUGUAUCUGUACAGUCUGACAGUGGGCAGUCUGAGACACACGGGUCAUUUGUCCCGGAUGAUGAACCACAGGAUGGAGAGAGUCGGACCUCUGCCCACGUGCUACCGCCGCAGCCAGCCUUUACUCAGCGGCUUGAGCCGCAGUGACUGCAGGCAGCAGGGGAAGUCUGCGUGUUACAGUGUUAACUGGACCUCAGGAGACACACAACUGGAGGUGCUCAAUGCAUCUACUGGAAAGAGGAGGGACUCUGGAGCUCCAUCCAGACUUUGCAAGCAUGCGCUUUUUGCACGGUGGAUCAGGCUCUAUCGCAAGCUGGUGGUUCGCGGAGCGCCUCAGACUGACACGUCGCUGUUAUACAGUGAAGCCAAGCAGGCUGCUGGCACCUACCAGACUGUGAAGCUGCAGUGGUUGAAGGGUCUACAGGAGGCUGGACUGGGGACCUGGGUCAGAAAACCUCCUGAGCAGGAAAACUUCACUAUGACUGUAUGAG